AUGGCCGAACCCAAACCCGCGCCUCGGGAAGAGGCGACUGAGGAGAGGACUGAGCCGUUUUCACAGUCCGAGCUCGACGCCCGCGUCCGCAACGUCGACGUCGGGACCCCGAGCCCGGGCUCCGACGAUGAGCAUGUCCCUCUCGACGUUCUUUUGCUCGAGGACCAUCACCACCGCCAAAACAUUCGCCUCUUGGUCCGUCCUCUCGCCGAGCUGCCCAACACCAUUCCCGUCGCGCCUCAGGGAGAUAAUUGCCGCUGGCUCGCCCUCCGCGCCGAGGUCGCCGCCCCCGAGCAGCCCUCGCACAGAGUCUUGGCCGUGACUCAGACCGCUCGCGACAUCAAGUUUUCUGUGCGCAUACCUGCCGAUGUCGAGGAGGUCGAUGCCUUUGCCCGUCCCGAGCUUUGGUGCGAGCUCUAUUUCGAUCCCGCCAGCGACAAGCUCAUCCUUGUCAACCGCUCCGACGUUCCCAUCGCUCUUGUUCGUCUCUCCCAGGUAGCUCCCGUCAGCCCAUCCUUGAACGACUACCGCAUCGUCUACCCUCACGUCACCAAGUCGCUGGAACCCGGCACCUGGCGCAUCAAGGUCCACGAUGCUGCUGUUUUGGAUUUUAGAAUUCUGGAGAAGCGUCCUGUCGUCCUCUACGAACAGCCAGCUCUGACUCACAGCCAAAGCACAUCUUCCCGUGGUAGCUCCGCGCUAGUCUCGACUAGUAACAAGAGAGCCUUGACCCCCGAUGAUGAUGAUGAAGGUGACAAGCGCGUCAAGCGUCGCAUCUCGCAAGUCGAAGGUCGUCCCUCAGAUGGUGUGGUCAUGUUUUUGAACCCUUCUGCGGAUCCUCUCGUGUUCUCGCUACCCAAUGGCGCCAAGAGGUCGGGCAAGGAGCUGUCAUCGGGCAACACCAAUGCUCUGCUUCAGGCCGAACAGGGUGAUACAAUAUACAUGACAGGCAUAUGCGAGCUUGAUGAGUACCAACUCAUCAAGCAGGAGCCCAUCGCCUCGACGGCCCAGUCCGCCGUCUUUGUCGGUCGUUACUCUAAGCGUCCCGACAACAUCGUGACCGUCAAGGUGCUCAAGACGGUGGUGAGCAAUGCGGAGAAGCCAAAUGUACAUGAGCGCAAUGUCAUUCGCCAAGCCGACAUGUGGCAACGCGAGUACCAAACACAAGAAAACCUAGAGCAUCAUUCCAUCGUACGCUACUACGGUGGCGACGCCCGCUUUCUUUCGCUUUACAUGGAGCACGUUGAUGCCAAGGACCUGACUGUUCAAAACCGUUGGAGAAGCAAGCAAGACGACCACUUUACCGGGACCGCAAAGGACGCCGCCCGCAUUUUGCGAGAUAUAGCCGGUGCCUUGAGCUACAUUCACGGCCGCCAGCUCGUCCACAACGACAUCAAGCCUGCCAAUAUCUUGUACUCUAUGGAGCGCGGCGCCGUCCUGUGCGACUUUGGCAUGUCAACCGCUACCUCGAGCCCGCCCGGCGGUGGCGGCACACCGUACUACAUCCCGCCCGAGUUUAUGGGGAGCAAACUCCGCGGACCGGCGGCUGAUGUUUGGGCCAUGGGUGUCACCAUGCUGUACCUGCUGCGCAAGCUUCCCCUCCCGGAGAGCCGCGCCAGACCGCAAAACGGCAACCGGCAGCUUUACUGGCUGAUUGCGGGCGUCAACAACCCGCAGAUGAAUCAGAGGUACGGCAAUGGCCAGUCGGCCAUGAUGCAAAUGCGCACCUGGCUCACCGAGGUGCACAAUGCCGCGCAUAGCCUCGACAGGGAGGACCGCUUGGAGCGCAUCGUCAAGGAGAUGCUCACCCCGAAUCCUACGCAGCGCAUCACAAUGGCUUCCGUCUUGGAGCAGCUCACUCUAGAGCCAGUCGCUGUGACGGCUUAA